GAGUGUUGGUUAAUGAUUAACAUUGGCGGUUAGUUAAUAUUUUAUUUGAAUAAACUGUAAUGGGCUUGAGAUUGGCCAAUUGGCUGGUGAGGGCUAGUGGAAGUUAAAGAUUACACAUAGCUGAUAACAUCCUGCUUAUGUAAGGCAGGCAGGUAUGAACCUGCUCGCCGGCAAAUGUAGCUGAGAACCAGUUUCUUCUAACCAGACGGUAUUUGAAACAGAAUGUCAGCACUGCUCAGGUCCUGUGCUCACAGUCUGAGGUCUGUGGAAGGACUCAAACACAGCAAGGCUUGGAAAUUAUGCAGCACAAGUUUUCUUCAGUGGUGUCGGUCCCUCCAUGUGGACAGUCCUCCUCACAACACGUCUCUGACCAGCAGCUAUGUCCAUGGCACCUCCUCCUUCUCCCUGCUCCCCCUGACUGUAGGCCAGAGCCUGGACUCUGCAGUGCAGCGCUGGCCUGACCGUGAAGCUGUGGUCUUCCUGCAGGACGGCAUCCGGAAAACCUUUGCUCAAUUUCAGCAAGAUGUAGAGAAGGCGGCUGCAGGUCUGCUCGCUUUGGGCCUGAAUCGAGGUGACAGACUGGGAGUUUGGGGACCCAACACGUAUGAAUGGAUCCUUUUCCAGUUUGCUACAGCCAAAGCUGGAAUUAUACUGGUGUCGUUGAACCCGGCUUAUCAGGUGAAAGAAGUGGAGUUUACUCUAAAGAAGGUCCAGUGUAAAGCUGUGGUCUGCCCUAGCCAUUUUAAAACCCAACAUUUCUGUGAUAUGCUGAGGGAGAUCUGUCCAGAGAUCAACACGACACAUGACGGCAUGAUCAAAAGCUCCAGGUUGCCAGACUUGGGGCUGGUGAUUGUGACAGACAGCAGACAGCCAGGGAUGCUGCACGUAGAGGAUGUAAUGCAAGCAGGGGAGAGUCGGCACCACAAAGAGCUGAUGGAUCUGCAGAGCAAACUGUCCUUUGAUGAGCCCAUCAACAUUCAGUUCACAUCAGGGACAACAGGAAGUCCGAAGGGAGCCAGUCUUUCCCACCAUAAUAUUGUUAACAAUGCCUACUUUAUUGGUUUACGAAUGGGUUAUAAUUUGAGACCUCAGGUACGAGUGUGUAUUCCUGUGCCCAUGUACCACUGCUUUGGCUCUGUGCUGGGAGGGAUGAGCAUGGCAAUGCAUGGUGUCACACUCGUCUUCCCUUCACCUGGCUACAACAGCCGAGCCAACCUAGAGGCCAUUCAGAGUGAAAGGUGCAAUGUUGUCUAUGGCACUCCAACAAUGUACACCGACAUGCUGAGCCAGGAUUUACACAAGUAUGAUUUGUCAUCACUUGAAGCAGGGAUCAUGGCAGGGUCUACAUGUCCUCCUGAGAUUGUGAGAAAAGUGAAAACAGACAUGAAGAUGAAAGAGAUAACAGUUGCUUAUGGAACCACUGAGAACAGCCCGAUAACAUUUUUGGGAUUCCCACAAGACAACGAUGAGCUGAAGAUGAAUACUGUUGGAUGUAUCAUGAGUCACACUGAGGCUAAAAUUGUGGAUCCUGAUACUGGGGAGAUUGUUCCUCUCAGGGUCUCAGGAGAGCUGAUGAUCAGAGGCAGCUGUGUGAUGCUGGGAUACUGGGACGAUCCUGAGAAAACCAGAGAGGUCAUAGCCCAAGAUCGCUGGUACAGGACUGGUGACACGGCCAGUCUGAACAGUUUAGGAUACUGCAGUAUUGAAGGACGCAUGAAAGACAUGAUCAUCAGGGGAGGAGAGAACAUCUACCCUGCUGAAAUAGAGCAAUUUCUGUUUACACAUCCCAAAGUACAGGAGGUGCAGGUGGUUGGCGUGAAAGAUGAGAGGCUGGGGGAGCAGGUGUGUGCCUGCAUCAGGCUGAGGGAGGGCCUGACCUCCAGUGCAGAGGAGAUUAAAGCAUUCUGCAAAGGCCAGAUUUCUCACUUCAAGAUCCCACACUAUGUAAUUUUUGUAGACAGCUAUCCUCUGACAGCCUCCGGAAAGAUCAAGAAGAACAUCUUAAAGGCGGAAAUGGAGAAGAAAUUAGGCCUUUAAUCCUGUGAACCCCUGAUGGAUUGAAUGCUUCAGCUCGGAACAUCCAAAACCGAACAGUGUUGAGUUAAUGCUUUCUAUACCGUGAGCUAAAUUAAGAAUUUAUACCUGCUCCUGGAUUGUCAUUACUUGAAGUUCUUUUAACUUUUGCUUUUCUUUUCACUCCUCAUUAUUUUGUGGUUUUAAUGUUUAUAUUAAAGUGCAGUGCAUUUA